GGUAUUUAAAAUAAAAUAAAUACCUGCUACAACUACAAUUCCCAGACGUCCUCAAGGCUCGUGUGUGACGUCAUCACGUAGUCUCAAGGCUCCUUUAUUUAAAAGUGGCUCGCGAUGUUUGGAAGUAAUAGUUACCAUUUUAUUUUGUUUUGAUUUACUUUGUUUUACUAGUAUUCUGAUCCAUAAAUAGAUUCCAUGUGACCGUCUUGUGCGUUAAAAUUUGAUACGGUUAUGCCGACACAGUUAUUACCGUACAAUAGCAUUGUCUGCUAAUGUAAACAAUCUUGGGACAAAACAUCUUUUUUUUUGCUCAGGUUUGUGCUUAUCAGUCCAAAAAUCCUACUUCUGAGUAGAGCAGGAGUUCCGUUGUAACCGAAUCUCCCCAGCAAGUGUCAAAGCUGUUACCUAGAUCGACUGCAAAAUGAACUGGGACCGCCAGGUGAGCUCCAUCCUCUCUGCAGCUGACGACAGCGUGGCUAACAUGAGGGGGAGACUGUCCUCACUGGGAAACGCAAGCAAAAGAGAAGAAGAGUCAUUUCAAUUCAAGGAGAAGUUUCAUGAUUCCGAUUUUGACACCCUUGCCGUCAGCGCUCCAUCAUCUAGUGCACAGCAGGUUCGUCCUGUCAAUCCUGGGGUGCAGUGGGCAGAUAUAGCCUCCAUCCAGUCUCAGCUCCAGACACAGAACCAGGCAAUGGAGUCACUCACCAAGAAGCUCAGCGACAUCGAACAGGAGAAACAGUCUCAGCAAUUUCACAUCCAGACGCUUCAAGCCGAGGUGGACCGAUUGCGUCAAGACUUGAGAGGAAGGAGACGUGAGAAGGACUUUGCAGGAGAGGAGCAAGUGAUGAGUGAUGUUGGAACGAGCGCCUUCCCCAAAGAGAGCUGGAGCUCCAAGACGUGUCGAGCGGAACUGGAACAUCUACGCAAAGAAGUAGAGCAGCUGAAAACACGACUGAGGAGGCAAGAGGAGGCCAUGAUGCUCCAGGAGAAAGAGGCCCGAGAGAACCGGCGACAGUGCCAGCGUAGCAGUGAGCAGAUGCUUCAGGAGCUGACAGACCGCUACAAAUCUCACAGCACAGAUCUGGCCAAACGUUCCUUUGAGUAUGUGCAAAAGGAGGUCCACCAUAUCAGCAACACCGUGUCAGAGCUAGAGGGCGAGGUCAUACGUCUGCGUGAGCGCCAAGUCACGUUAACAGCAAAGCCAAAAAAAAAUUUGUAUUGGCCAGAUGACUCGCCCAGGGUCAAAGUCGAAGAGGCCAAGCAGGACUCGGACUCAGAUGACUUCAGCCCGACAGUGAGCCUGGCUGAGAUCAGCUCGGAUCUCUCACUGCUGGAUGAUCUUGGUGAGUCAAAUAUUUUUCUAGCUCUCGAGCGUCAGAGUAUUCCAUCCGGAGUCAAGAACGACUUCCUAGACGAGGAGGAAUAUGACGACCGAGACAUCCUGGAUGACGAUGACGACGUGAAUCCAGAGUUUGGAUCCGACCUGAGUCUGACGGAUUUCUGAUCUUCUUUUCUGUGAGGCAAGUCCUGUAGCCUGCGGAACUCCGGCCUGUUGUCUCGUCGUCGGAGUUUGAGGAAGAGGAGCAGGGUGAUGACGGCGGCGCUGAUGAUGAAGGCAGACACCAGGCCAGCCAGCAGGGGAUCCAGCUUCGGGGAGUCGUGGACUAUGACGGCUGGAGUGGGACCACAAAGCACAAGAGAUGCAUUGGAGCUUUUCCAAAAGUGCCCACCGGACAUAAUUACAGUUACAUUUGUUAACAUUUUAAUAUCAUUUAAAUGUACUCAUUUGUAUUCGCCAUAUGAUGAUUUUUAAUUAAAUUGUUAUCAUUUGAAUUUUAUUUCAAAUGCAACCACUUUCACUUAAAUGUACAUUAUUUUCCAUGUACUUUCUCUUAUUGAUUAUAUUGACUGCUUCAGAUGAUGUAAGUGGCCCAACCAUGUGCUAUUAAAUUUGAAUUACUUUAUAUUAUGUAAUUGCAACCUGGUUGUUAGGUCGGGAAAGUGGCCGCUAUCUUUACGCGUUGCUAUGGAGCACUGUUUUGCCAACUCGACAGUUUUCACAUCAUCAAGUAAAAACAACCACAGAGGAGCGAGCCAUCCCUUUUUCUCUGGCUCAUGGAAAAAAGGCAACGUGCCAAGUGUGGACUAAUAAAACCACAUCACCAGGAAA